CUUUCCAUUAUUUUAUUAUUAAGAUUUAAGUUUAAGAAUUUCGCAUUAAUUGGGUGCAAUAGCACAUAGAUAAUAACGCUUUAAGGUGCAACGGAACUGAUGUAUUUUCGUGCAGUAAAAAGUUAAGUUAAUACAAAACAACAUGUAAAAUAUGUACAGCGGAAGGGUAUGCCACAUAUAUGGAAUUAUCGUGUUUAAUUCACUCCGCUGAGGAAAUGCAUGCUUAUAGUGUUGUUCUCAUUAACAUUUUCAGCGUGCAAAUUUAGGAUCAUUGAAAGUACUAGCCUACAUAUCCCACAAUUCCUUUAAACUACAACAUUGACCUGUCAAAGUGCAGCGAGGUCAUCAUGCUGUUUCCUCGUAGUGUUCUCAUUAACAAGUCAAGAUUUAGAAGUGGACAAUAAGGCUGAAAUCACCAUUAUUAACUUAUUUAGGCUAUAUACAUUAAACGCGAUUGGUAUAGGCUGCUCUAAAUUAUUGUAUUUUUGUAAUAGCCUAGUCUGAUGGUUAACCUUUAAAUGCGUAACUGGCUUAUCUGAAGGAAAUGGGUUAUGUGCUUGCUAAUGUAAGUUAUCAUUGUAGGUGUUUAUGACUGAGGGUGGGGAAGUCAUCACGCCUAAUUAUGCAUAAAUUGGUUCGACUGUCUUUGGGAGCAUGUACCUGCUACCGAGUUCUUCACGGCGUUCAGAAUGGCGCUCGGACAAAACUAUUGACACCAAAGCCAAAAUCGCCAAUGUGCUACCUGUCUUGGAACGGUAGAUUUUCUCUAAAACGAACAUACUGCAAUAAGAGCACAGCGAUUGUGGAUCUUCUCCAGCAGGAGUCGGUUCAAAGACAUUUGCACGGCCUGGUUGCUGAAUAUCAUCACAUCACUCAAAGAUUAGAAAACGGAUUUCUCGAUGACGCUGAAAGAAGAUUGCUUAACAGAAGACAUGUGGAACUACUGCCUUUGGUGACCGCAUUUCAAAACACGGAGGACGCCGUGAAAGAUUUGAAAGAGGUGGAAGCUCUUCUCCAAAGCGCUGAGGAAGAUGAGCAGAUGGUUGAGCUUCUCACAGAAGAGCAGGCACAGAUCGAAAAACGAAUUGAUGGACUCAGAAAUGAAUUGCUCCAGUCAUUGAUACCCAUUGAUGUUCAUGACACAAAUGACGUCAUUUUGGAGGUGGUAGCUGGACGGACAACAGGAGGUGACAUAUGCCAGCAGUUCACUCGAGAGGUGUUUGACAUGUACCAGAGCUUCUCCAGCUACAAAAACUGGGAGUUUGAACUGCUGAAUUACACCCCUGCUGAAUACGGUGGACUACAUCACGCGGCUGCAAGGAUUUCGGGAGACACCGUCUACAAGCACCUGAAGUAUGAGGGCGGGACACACCGUGUGCAGAGGAUCCCGGAAAUCGGCCUGUCGUCCAGAAUGGAGCGGAUCCACACAGGAACAAUGACCGUCAUCGUCCUGCCCCAGCCCAGCAAGAUAGACAUCAGUAUUGAUCCCAAAGAGUUGCGAAUUGACACAUUUCGAUCCAAAGGAGCAGGUGGCCAAAGUGUCAACACAACAGACAGUGCAGUCAGAAUAACACACAUUCCCACUGGGAUGACGGCGGAGUGCCAGCAGUCGCGCUCGCAGCUGCAGAACCGCGACACCGCCAUGCGCGUCCUGCGGGCGCGGAUCUACCAGCAGAUGCUUGAGCAGGAGGGCGAGCAGAGGCACAGCGCUCGCAGGCUCCAGGUCGGGACGCGCUCCCAGUCGGAGAGGAUUCGUUCGUACAACUUCUCUCAGAACCGCGUGACUGACCACAGGACAGGAUACAUGAGCCGAGACAUUAAGGAGUUUCUGAGAGGAGGGGAGGCGCUGGACGAGCUGAUCGCCGAGCUCAUGGCUCACGCUGACCGGGAGGCUCUUCUGCAGCUUCUGGAGCACGGCGGCCCCACGGGGGAGGGGAAGGCCCGUGGAGCUCGCACCCUGGACUCCUGAAAACAGCGUCUGUGGGGUGUGCUGGAGGGUCAGUCCCACACAGGUCACCCAAACAUGAUAGAACCCACCGAUCUUGCCACAGAGUUUAUGACUAUGGGGAUGUGUUACUGUAACAAAUACUGUAUUAUAUUAUUAUUUAGCUAUCUAAAUAAAUGCAAAGUUGAUGCUGUU